AUUGUCUUAAUCAGAGCGAGUGCCAAAGCGCCGUUGUGGAUUUUCCCGUUUAUGGGAUCAUCAGGCAGAUCACAUCAUUGUCUUGCAGGGUGUUUGACCACAUCUCUGUGGCAGGACUAUGCCACACCGGAUACCCUCUAUAUAAAGACAAAGGAAGGUUGCCUCGACAUGCCCAUCAAAUCCCAACCCAUCAAGCUCUUGUCUCCCUUCACUACCACUUACUCCCUUAUUACGAGUACACUGCUCAGCGCUCCUCUCUCAUACCCGGCUUCCCCGUGAUGUCUCAGCGAGCGUCAAGAAAAUCAAGUAUCAUGGGGGCAACACAACCCGUCAACAAGCUCCACCCAGUUGAUCUUACCACUUAUGACGAUGGCACAGACAGUGAUUCGUCCUAUGUGGAGUCUCAGCCAGAAGACCUCGACGACUCAUGGCCAUACCGAUUCAAGCUUAGCGAUUCGGUGUGGAUACGUACAUCGGGGGGCAACUGGCAAUCCGGUCGAGUCUCAGGGCAACCGAAAUUAGGACAAACAAGAGAGAAAGAUGGCCUUUUCUAUCCCGUCAUAUUCUGUACCAAGCUCCGCAAGUAUUUUGCUCCUCUUAAUGGAGAGAUCAAACCUGAUACUCCACACAUACGGAAGCUUUUGGAGGAGGGAGGUUGGCUAUAAUAUUGCAUACUCAGGUCCGGCACCUGUCGUUUAUUCUUCGAAUCGCAUCUUCAGCAUUUUACUUAUUCAUACAAGUAGCUACUUGUGCUGUACUCAUAAUCACUAUAUCAUUAUAACAGAAAUG